AUGGAGACUGUUGCUCUGACUAUGAAAGCCUCUGCAAAGGUGAGUGACAGUAAGCAACUCAGUCAGUGCAGGUGUUUUAAUGAUGGUAAAAACUGUCCUGAAAUGUGUAAUUGAAUUAUCAAUAAAAUAGGCAGUUAAUAGGGAGUGUCCAACCCUAUUCUAAGCACUUCACCUUGUUAGUCAGUUAGUAAGAAUAGUUUAUCAUCUGUUAGAAAAGUAUUGCUUUGUUUAUUGGCUCUAAGCCUAGUUAAAUUGUAUACGCUAUGAACUCCACCAAAAUAGCCAAAAGCUUAGCACAUCAUCGUAUUUUCAUGUCAACAGAAGCAGGGUGUAAACUGUUCUUUCUUGUUCCUUUUCUCCAGCUUGCUCCACAUCCUGAAAGGGCCGCUGUGACGAGAAGUACAACUCUCAGAACAAGUGCCACUGCAACUCCAAGUGCUCCCAGUAUGACAACUGCUGCAGUGACUAUGCAGCCCUCUUUAAUGGUGAGAGGGGCCUGUGCCAUUCUGAUCUGGAGGCAUGCAAACAAAACCAUGUCCCUGAAACAUAUCACACAGUCUACUACACCUAGGCACAGUUAAUUAUUAAUCUGUUAUCAGUUUGAGCUGCCCUUUUUUCCAUCCUAGGCAAGUAGCCACAACUCCUGGUGAAAUUCACAUAGUGGUCGAGGUCGAUCACAGUGCACCAUACAGAUACUCCUGCAUCAUAUGUGAAAGAGUCCUUACUACACAACCUUUGUGAACAAAAUCAAAAUGAACAUAUCGGCUCAAUAUUAGACCAGUCAGCUAUUCACCUUGCUGUGGGCCACAGUGGCAGGAUGGCUCACCAGUGGUUGAAUCAGGGUGCAUCAGUCUUUUUACAGCAGGAGAACGCAUGUGUGUGUUUGGCCAGUAGGGGUCAUUCUUGUCCAAUGUAAAUUGUCACUCAUCAUGCACAUCACACCAAUCUUCAAUAGGCACCAUACGUGAAACACAGGACUCUGCAGUUCAUGCCACUUUUAGACAUUAAUGUUAAAAUGUAAUAUUACGCUAAAACAUAAUAAUUAUGACUUAGCACCCGCUCCAGGAUUGUCCUGCCAGGGCCGCUGUGGGGAGAAAUACAACUCUCAGAAUAAGUGCCACUGCAACACCAAGUGUGGAGCGACUACACCUCCCUCUGUGGAAGUGGGUUAACUGUUACUCAAAUGUUACACCAAAUGUCUUACAACCCAUGUAAUGUAUUUGUCCUGUAGUACAUUAUAAUGAUUUAAUGACCCACAACAACAUUGAAAUGACCUAUGAAAUGUUAAAACAAUGCCAUUACUUCUCUGUGCUACAUUUUACAUUUACAUUUUAGUCAUUUAGCAGACGCUCUUAUCCAGAGCGACUUACAGUUAGUGCAACAGUACAAUGAUUGUUAAUGUAAGCUGUUCCCCAUGUUUCUGAUACUGUAUGUUCUAUGGGUGGUAGUCUAUUUUAGGUUCUAUGGGUUCUAUGUGUGUUAGGCUAUUAUAGGUUCUAUGGGUUCUAUGGGUGGCAGUCCCUGAAAUAAAGUGUUCCUUCUCUGUGUCUGUUAGGCUCUGGUGGUGGAGAUGGAGGCAGUGACAUCACUGAUGCUGAGAUCCAGUCUGUCUGAGGCUCUGUACGCUCUGGACUCCAACAAGCUCUCUGCGUCAGAGCUAAUCAUUUACUCCCAGGCCAGAGUGCCUGACUCCCAGCCCAGCUCCCAGAACAACCUUUGUUCUCUUAUUCCUCUUCCUCUGUCUCUUUCUCCCUCCCUAUAUCUUCAUCCCUCUUUCUGUCACUGUCCAACCUCCCCCUUCUUUUUGCCCCUUGCUCUAUCUCUUUCUCUCUCUCUGACCUAUAUCCUGACUGUGUUGUCUUCCAUCCAAGCUGUUCCAGUUCCUGGACGAGGCAUCUCUGUUCUCUAAGCAGUCAUAUGCUGCCUUCAUGGCCCUGCUGGACAACUACGCGAGAAACACGGGCACCACAGAGGACUUUACCACCCAGCAGCUGGCUGAGCAGGACACCUUCCUCAGGGAGACCAUGUCCGACUGA